AUGGAAGCCUCCCCAUCAAAAGCACGCGCUCAGGCCGUUGAGUCGCACUCCUGGUCAAUCGUCCUUUCGUGGCUCUCAAACCUGUGCCACCCGUCCCCAGUCCCGGCGUUCGAGCGAAAUGCCACUACACUGAAAGCCUUCCAAUCUCUCAUGGCCGAGAACAUUGCAGCAGACCGGCUCCAGGAACUACUCUUCGACGCCAAAUUUGAGGAACUGGCCAUCUCAGAACGUGACCGAAUGCAGCGAGCGAGUGGUCAAGGUCAAGAGGCAACAGGAGACAACGCGAGUUCGCUUCUUUCCUCACUCGAAAAUUCACUCUCAGACGCCGGAAAGGACUCAUUGAAGUCUCUAGCCCGCUCAGCAGGCCUGCUUGGCUGCUGUCCGCCAUCGUCGUUAUCAUCGCCCUCCCAAUCCGCGAGCAUAAUCGACAGUUUACCCGCCCGGAUCGUCGAUCUCUCGCGCCAAACAUUCCGCCUGGAAGACCACAUCUCAUCCAUCGAAACUCUCAUAUCCACCCUGCAAACCCAAACCACCACGACACUGCACCGCGUGUCCACCAUCCGCGAAAGAGCGGCGCAGCUGUCCAACCCAGAAGAUACAGCGGGGUCACGCCCAUCUACACCGCCUCACGCGUCGGGCAUCGGCAUCGGCAUCGGCUCGGCGACGACGACGGCGGACUACUCGCAUCUCCACGCCCAGACUCUCCAGCACCAGCGCGAGACCAAACAACUGCAGCUGAAGUCGGCGGAGUACAAGGCCCGCAUCGCCGUCCUGGACAGCCAGCUCGCAACCGUUGGAGAACGGGCCAGACAGAGCACGGCUGCUUUGGUUGCGAAACAACAAGUCCUGGAUGACAAAAGGGCCCAAAUCACGGCCUUGGAGCGCCGGUUUCGGGAGUUUCGUGGUCUGCCCCCGGAUGUCGAUGCCUCGAGGGGUGAAGUCAACAGGCUGCAGGCGGAAUUGGAGGCGCUGAAGAGGCGGAGGGACGAGCUGUUCGAGCGCAUCUAG